CCCAGGGUGGGCCUGGAGCCCCUGGACGGCAGCGCCCAGCAGGCAGCACCCAGCAUCCCUGCUCACGCCCCCCGGGACCCCAGAAGCAGAGCAGCCGCCAUGCACAUCCCUGAAAGCCUCCAGGACCUGGCUGACAGUGAAGCCGUGCAGUUUCUAAAGAGGCCCAAGACGAUCACCCGGAUCAUUGCAGGGGUCUUCUCCCUCAUCGUCUUCUCCUCCCUGCUGACCGACGGCUACCAGAACAAGACCGAGUCUUCGACGCUCCACUGCGUCCUGAACAGCAACAAUGUGGCCUGCAGCUUCGCCGUGGGAGCCGGCCUCCUGGCCUUCCUCAGCUGCCUGACCUUCCUUGCCCUGGACGCCCACGAGAGUCGUGGCGGCAGCGCCCGCUUCAAGACGGCAUUCCAGCUGCUGGACUUCAUCCUGGCUGUCCUGUGGACAGGCAUCUGGUUCGUGGGUUUCUGCUUCCUGGCUAACCAGUGGCAGCAUUCGUCACCCAAAGGGUUCCUCCUGGGAAGAAGUAGCGCCAAGGCCGCCAUCACCUUCGCUUUCUUCUCCAUCCUCAUCUGGAUAUUCCAGGCCUACCUGGCCCUCCAGGACCUCCGGAAUGACACUCCAGUCCCUUACAAGCGCUCCCUGGAUGAGGGUGGUGUGGUGCUGACCACCCUCUCCCCACCCUCAGCUGCCAGCCCUGUUAACACGCCCACCGCUGGCCCCAACAACCUGAGUUAUGCCAGUUCUGCCCUGUCCCCCUAUCUAACCACCCCGAAGGCCCCCCGCCUCGCUAUGAUGCCCGACAACUGA